GUCAGGGCCGGCAAAAGCAUUCCUAUACGACACAUAACUUUGUUGAGUUUUUGUGUAAACUAUUUAAAAAGAUUUUCGGAUUAGCCAUGUUGUCUAUAUAAUGGAUGAUCUACUAUUGAAGUUGUUUUGUAUAUUCAGUAUUUUUACUGACAUAAGCGGUGUAUGUAAUCUAGCCAAAGACUCGUUGACAUUGACAGAUUGGUCGGGUAGUCUAAACAGUCCUGGUUACCUGGGUGGUUCCUACCCUAACAACCAAGACUGUACCUGGAAUAUUAGGGUCAGUAAGGGAAGUCGAAUUAAAUUAGAUUUUACCCUAUUUCAACUAGAAGAUGGUGUUAAAUCAGGUGAUACUGUCAGUACUUGUUAUGAUAAAGUACAGAUACGUGAUGGUACGAAUGUUUUACUGGAAGCUUGUGGAAGUCAACUGACAAGCCCUAUACUAUCUAAUACUAAUGAAAUUCAGAUCAAUUUUAAAUCAGAUGAAUCUGGAAAUAAGGCGGGCUUUAGAUUGGAAUAUCAUGGUGAAUGCUCUAUGGAUAUAGCUGAAAACAGUACUAUUGAGACACCCAACUUUCCCAAGUCUCCACCAGAUAGUAUUGAAUGUAAAUGGAAUAUAAAUGUGCCUAAAGCAACAGUGGCUGUCAUACAGUUAAAUAACCAAGCCAAUACUCUACCAUCUUGUAACAUUUCUCCAUUAACCGUUACAGAGACGAAGAAUGACAAAAAGAAGAAUAAACUAUGUUUGAUUGAAUCUAAAAUUUUGAUAUUCAACGAUGCAGUCUUUACGUAUGAUGUAACACCAGAUAGUGUACCAUGGAAUGGAUCCAUGAAAGUCGAAUAUAUAAAAAAUCCACAAUGUGAAUACUUUUGUGUCAACUCAGUAAAUUGUCUUAAUCCACGACUACUCAAUACAGAGCGCUACAGAUGUUCCUGUCAGGAAGGGUUCACGGGAAGAAACUGCGAUGUGCGGAUAGAGAUUGUGGACCCAUGCUACCCGAAAAGUUGCCAAAAUAAUGGCACGUGUGUACAAGUUAGGGGUGCGUUCACCUGUAACUGCCCAGUAAACUUUACCGGGGAAACAUGCGAGGCUGCUGUUGAUCCGUGUUUUCCUGAUAGCUGUAUGAACGGUGGAACAUGUGAAAAUGCGGCCAAUUCCUACAUCUGCUCAUGUCCAGAAGGUUUUAGUGGUAAGCGUUGUCAAACAAAAGACGAUCCCUGUGAGGAAAAUCCUUGUCAAAAUAGCGGAACUUGUUUCAGUAAAGGAGAUCAGUUUCGUUGUGAAUGCCUUAAGGGAUUCAUUGGUAAGACAUGUCACAUAGAAUAUGAUAUGUGCUCUUCGCGUCCUUGUCCUGAAAAUGCUACUUGUGUAAGUCUACCAGCGAGCUAUAAAUGUAAGUGUCCUGCAGGAUAUUCAGGAGAUGCUUGUGAGAUCAAUAUGGACGGUUGUACCUCGGACCCCUGUAAGAAUGGUAAAUGUAUAGACGCUGAUGAUACCUUUAAGUGCAUAUGUGAUGAUGGUUACAGUGGUCCGUUAUGUGACAUCCAUGUUGAUUAUUGUGCUGAAUCGCCUUGUGUCAAUGGAAUAUGUGAAAAUACAGGGAGCACAUUUAAAUGUGUAUGUGACAUUGAUUACAUUGGGAGAUAUUGUUCUAUACAUAAAGAUGCAGGUCAUUGUCUGGAAGCUAGAGAUGAUAUUGUAACAAGCCGUAUUUUAUGGUUUGAUAUACUAGCUAAUUCAACUGAGAUACAAUCGUGUCCACAAGGAAUCAUGGGAAACGCUAGUCGUUCAUGUGUAAUGGACUCGUCAUCACCAACUGGUGGUGUAUGGACAAGACCUGAUCUGAGCGAGUGUGUUAGUCCAGAGUUUCUUGAAAUUGCUAUUCAGGCAACCCUAUUGAAAUCGGGAAAUGAUUUGACUGUCAAGUCUUUAGCUGAAAUCACAAGCAAUCUAGAGAACAUUACAUCAGCUGUCAGAGAUCCCACGGCCAAAACACUUUAUCCAGGAGAUCUACGUAUGGCCACCACAGUCGUCUCUUUGAUAACAGAUGGUCUCGGAGAAACUAAUGCGGCUCAGGGAAGUGUUUGGCAUAUUGCUCAGGGUGUUAAGGAUGCUAUGGAUAAUAUUAUUGACCCUGAUACCAAAGUGGUGUGGCAAAACGCUAGGGCUAAUGUUGUCGUUGACAGAAUGAAAUCAGUUUUAGAAUCUUCAGAAAAACUUGCAGAAUAUUUUAAAACUGGUGGUUUAAAUACGCAGUCUGCUCGAUCCCUUGAUUCUGGUGACCAAGAUGAACCAAAUGACCUUCGUCUUGUAGGACGAAAUAUGGAAUUACAGAUAUCAACUGUGGGAAAAGAUGAGAAAGAACCUGAUAUAUUCAUUGGUGGUGAUUCUAGUAGUAUUGUUCUUCCACCAGCUGUAAUACAACUAGCAAGACAAUAUAAUGAUGAAUCUCCAGUUAGUUUUUAUUAUGCGCGAUUUUCAUCAAUGGCCGAUUUACUAUCUAUGAAAGAAGAGAGAUAUGGUGAAAAUGUCAGUGAAAGUAUAGUAAAUUCUGAUAUAAUAUCUAGCAAAGUUUUAGGUUUUCCAGAAGAUGUCUUUAAUAAAAUAGCUGAACCUGUUAUCAUUACUUAUAAAACCAAGAACUCGGGACAAACAGAAGAUCAUGUGAAAAAUCAUUGUGUGUUUAUGAACAUGAACUCCACAUCAUCCAAAGAAGAAUGGUCAACUGAAGGAUGUUUGUUAAAGGACAGUAACUCUACCCACGUGAUCUGUUAUUGUUAUCAUUUAACUAACUUUGCCUUGCUACUAGACGUAUACAAAACAUCGGAAGAAUUAGAUGAGACAAAUGAUGCUGUUUUAUCUUAUAUAUCAUAUAUAGGUGGUUCCUUAUCUAUCCUUGGUUGUUUGGUUUCAAUUAUUGUAUUCGAAUACUUCAGGUUAAAGAGUGAUCGUGUUAGAAUACAUGAACAGUUGGCAGCAUCUAUUAUCCUGGUACAAGUUAUAUUUUUAAUUGGUAUUGGACGAACAAGUGACAAAACAUCAACACCUGUGUGGGCUUGUAAAACUGUAGCCAUACUACUACACUAUACGCUAACGGCACUGUUCUGUUGGAUGUUGGUAGAAGGUAUUCAUCUGUAUGUUGUACUGGUACAAGUCUUUCAGAGAGGAAGUCAUCUCAAGAAAUACAUGGCUCUUGGAUGGGGUGCACCAUUAGUUAUAGUCGGUAUAUCUGUUGGGGUUUUCUAUCCUGACUAUGGACAAGGAAGAAUUUGUUGGUUAGCAAGAGAUUUGUUAUUUGUAUGUUUCGUGCCAUCUGUUGGGCUUGUUGUUGUCAUUAAUACAGUGAUGUUGAUUAUAACUAUUCGUGUGAUGAUGAAAUCUAUGAAUUCGACAUCUAAAGUCAAUGUAAAGGAAAAGUCCAGUAUAAGAAUUAGUUUGAAAGCAGCUGUCGUUCUUCUACCACUAUUGGGUCUUACAUGGACUUUAGCGUUCUUUGCUAUAAAUACGGAUGGUACAGAAGCCCUAGCUUACGUCUUUACUUACUUAUUUACUAUUGGUAACGCUUUUCAGGGCGUGGUAUUCUUUGUCUUCCAUUGCCUAAUGAAUGUUGAUGUACGUUCAGCGUUUGAAAGAAGAUACCGUCGUAAGAAGUCUCUGGACACGUCUUCCUCACGUGGUAGAAAGAGUUCAGAGAUGGAUUCUUACAUAGCCGAUGUGAAAGGAACGAUGACCCCUAAAUUUGUGGGCGUGGUGGAAAAGACGAACAAUUCUACAGUUAUUGAUAAACCUAAAAUUAAUCCCAAUAUUCAUUUCAAUGAUUUUCACGAUUUCGAUACGGACAAGAAUUGGUACGAUGAUCCGUUUGUUCUGCGACUUAGACCAAGCAGUGAAUCGGACCCAAACGUUUCUGAAUACAUCAGUGACAUCGAAGAUUACUUGGAAAAGCCGAGUCGUCAUUCUGUGCAUUUCUCAAGUAAUACCUAAUUAUUUUAGGGAUAAUUUAUGUUCAAAUAUUUUAUGGCCUUUUCAUAUUUUCUGUAAAUGUUUUUUUUAGUAAUGGUUGCUGUUUUAAUGGGUUUUUUUUAAUUUGCUAUUUCUCGUGUUCUUCCAAAAUUCAAGUACAAACCACCACGCCUUUUAGCCAAAAAUAUGAUGGCAGGUGUCUUGCUUGAGGCAAGGUAUUUUUAAUAUUUCUUGAACACGCGAUACCACGUUCGUAUAGCUAUCAAUGUCUUUUUUGUUUGUUUUUUUUGUGUUUUGUAUUAAACCUGUCCCUUGUUUAAACCUAAAUUAAAUUAUUUCCAAAACUUUAUUCAUUUCAAAAGUUUUCGGAAUUCUUAUUGGAUAAAAAAAAACUGACAAAUACCUUUUUCGACGUGCUAUAUUCGGAGCAAUGACAACUAACAACGCCCAGCUUCUGUGUCCAUGAUAAAUAAAAUCUUUAAACGCAUCUGUAAUAUCUGACAAUAUCCCUUCAAAUUAAAAAUUUGUAGCUUAUUGAUAUUGUCUCUUGAUAUUUUUUUAUAUUUUGUUAUGUCAUGUUAUUUAUGCCUUAAUUUUAUUUUUCUAAUCUUGCCAAAUGAACAAGAAAUAUUUUGUGUUCAGUUUUGUUUAUAAUGUAUUUUUUUUUUUAACAAAAGAAACUUAGAGGUUGUCGCAUAAUAUUACAUUUAUAUUCAGUUUUCUACAUUAUCAUUAUGAUUUCUAAGGGCAUUGGUCUAUAUAGUUAUAGUUUAUUGUGAGGGCCAGUUACAUAUUUAGCAUUUAACCUUUUGAUAGUCAAGACUGCAUUCAUUACUAUUUUUAAAUUUGGAAACAAAAUGUAUUUCUAUGUAUUUUUUACUGAAACAUAAAAUCUGCUUUAUA